UAGUGGCCGGAAUGGUAGCCCGCAAUGUGGCCGGUCCUGCGGUUGUAUUUUCCUUUACAAUUGCUGCCAUCGCUAGUCUUUUCUCAGAAUUUGGAGUAAGGGUUCCGAACACGACUGGGUCGGCUUAUAUGUAUAGUUAUGUUACGGUUGGAGAAUUCAUAGCGUUUGUUAUCGGUUGGAAUAUGGUAUUAGAGUAUUUAAUAGGAACGGCUGCCGGUUCUGCAGCCAUAUCUGCCUGCAUUGACUCACUCUAUGGCGGGGCUAUACAUCACGCUAUGAAACAAACGUUCGGCACAUUU